AUGGCUUCCAAACGGUGUAGCAAAUGUCAGUUUGGUCACAAUGAAGUCAAUGCAUGUUCGAAAUGCAAAACAGCUUGGUACUGCUCUAAAGAGUGCCAGAAAGCACACUGGGAGAUCCACAAGCCGCUCUGUCGACCAUACUCUCCAAACGAAGUCUGGGGAAUCAAACUUCUGUGCGACGCCGAAAAGCCUCCCAGCGCCAGCAAAGACAACAGCGGACCCGUUCCCGGGCGCUUUGUCCACGAACUAGUGAAUACCAACCACCCCGUCUUCAAACGGGGCGAGCUUUGUCCCGUCACGGCGCUCUUUGGCAUUCCGCUUCUCAUCUAUAGCGCUGCUGUCGAGAGAGGCAUCGACAUGCCAGGGCAAGGUAACCAGCCAGCGGUAUACCUUCGGAUUGAGCCGGAUAAUGGCUUCGCACCUCCACCAUGGCAGAUGUGCCUACCUGGAUCUUGCAUCGUCGUUCGCCGAGACAAGAAACCUUUGCUGAAAGCAACCCUCGAAGCAAUUUACGCAUUUCAUGGGAAAAUCCUCAACGGUGCAGGAUAUCCCGAGUCAGACGGAUGGGCUCCCAUUCGCGAGUACAUGACGCCAGCAGCAUUCCAGUUCUUUUCUCGGGAUCACUUCGAAAAGCAAAAGGAAAAGAAAAGAGUCGGUUUCGACCCAUUUUAUGAGCCACUGUAA